AUGUGCAAUAUCUCUUUGGACAGACCUUUAAUAUCUCAAGAGCUGAGGGCUGAACUCAAUCCGUUGGUAAUCACAAUUUUGUCAGCCAGUUCAAUGCCGUCAUCUCCAGUCCCUUUGCACACCCUGCAGGAACAAUGUUUGCCUGUAUAUUGUCAGUACAAGUUCCAUAACUUGACUAUGCACAGAACUCAUCAUCAUGAGCACAGAGCCAAGAUCUACUUCAGAGAUGUGAAUGUUAUCCUGACUGGCUUGAUGAGUCCCAAAGAACUCAUUUUGUUCCUUUCUGGUCCACCUCUUGAGAUAGAGGUUCAUGAUCGCGACAGAAAGUUGGAAGAACAACCAAAACCUCCAGCAAAGUCUGGCAUGGGGUCAGAUGAUGACAUCCUGUGUGGUAUGGCACAAUCAAAACAGACGACAGCAAAUAUGAACUCCUAUGGAAUUGCAAGCCUGAACCUCUGUGAGCUGCUAUGUGGAAAGAAAAGCCUUAACGUGCAUUUGCCAAUAAAACGCUGCCCACCCACUCCACUGCAGCACUGGGAGCAAAGUGCACGUAGCAGGACUAUGUCAGAUACAUUAGCACACAGUGAGCCCAUGCCACAAGGACAUUAUUUGGAGGCCAAUUCCACACUUGAAGUCAAGGUUGAGCUAGCUUGUCCACUAAAUAAUAAAAAUGACAGUUGUGAAUUAGACCCCUUUUACAGACCAUUUGGGCGCAUCAUCUACCUUUUUGAUUACAACAACUUGUCUGUGAUGACCAAGCUGAGGUCAGAUAUCCUCAGAAUCAAUGCAUCAGCCUUCCAUCUGGGCUCACGGGAAAAUAUAGAGAAAGCCCUAUCAAAUUACAUAAUGAAUUUGAAGCUUGAUGAGAGCCAGGAUCUGGACUUCGUUACCGGAUUCCAUGUGGUAGAUAAGAGGACGCACAUCUUUGUUCUUGAAGGGCUGAAACAUAAAGCAGUGAAGAGACUUUGGGAGGCUGUUCCGAUGAAGCUAAGUGGGAGUGUGGAGGAGCAUGUGAUAGUCCACUACAACUCAGACAUGGGUUUCUUCAAGCGCAUCUAUGACUCAUUAGAUGUGAGCCUGAGUCCCAUUCAUUUAUGUGAGUCUUUAGAGACCAUCAUGAGACAGCCAGUGAUCUACAUAAGAGGCAAAGUCUCCCCAGGCUGCUUCCAAGCUUUGACAAGGUUGAGCCAGAUUUGUCAAAUGAGCCAACUUAAAGAUGUGGUGCAGUACAACCUCUUCCCCACAGCUGACAUGAUUCUCAGCAUGAGCAAAGAAUUUGGGAUACACUAUGAGCAGUGGGAGCAAAAAGCAACUGCUAAACCUGAGGUUGACCUUCCCUCUCUACCUGUCCGGAUGAAAAGACAUUCGUCGCUCGACAUGCACAACAGCGAGUACAUGAAAUGGAGGCACAGGCAAAACCAGUUCAAGGACUUCAUUCAGGACAAUAUUAAAAAGGUGCAUGAGGAAAGUAAGCGGUUGCAGAAGCCUGAAGCUGCAGUAUUAAGGAUGGACCAGUGCACAAACAGACCAGCACACAACUACAGCAUCCAGACCCUCAACUCAAAGGAGCAAGCCAUGGAGAUGAUCCGCAAAGAGAUGGCCAAGGUUGCAUGUAACAGAUUAGCUGUUUUCUUAGGUAAGCCAUCAAAUCUUGUUUCAUUUCUGCUUAGUGGCCAAUAUCUCCUGCUCCUGCUUUUGACUGCAUUAUCCCACAAUGAAAAGGUGCCAGGGCGGAGGUUCACUUACAGUCAGCAGUAUCACAGUGCCACAGUGGAGCCAGGAAGCAUGACCACUAAACCUGACUCCAGCUCCACUGCCACCGCUAAAGUUUGGGUCUCGACUACGAGCAGGCCCACAGAGCACCCUAGACAUCUAGAUGAGGCUCGAGUGGAGGAGCUGAGGAAGCCUUGGAGAGAGAACAUCCUACAUGCCAACAUAUUGAAGCCCACACUUUCACGAGACAGAUUGGCCUGGAACCAGCGCCAUGAGGACUUUCAGCUCUAUAGCAAACCUGCCCCCUUUUUCAGCCCAAUUCCUGCCUCCAUAUACCUGACUGGGGACCGUCUGAAGCAGGAGCGGCUUCCCCAAAUAUCAGGCAGCAAACCACCAGGAAACUUCAACACCCCGUUCCCACAGUUUAAGUGCCACAUGGGAGGAAAGUCACAGGAUAUACUGAAAGACGAGCCCAAGAAGUAUUCACUCAGGAAACCAGGCAUGACAUUGAAGCCUUUUCCCCAACUGUCUGUGAUCAACUCUGAAGAUGACAAACUAGUUGAAGACAAGAGAGCGGCCCCGGCUCCAGGCCCCUGUGCGGACUGCAGCCUCAGCAGCAAAAGCAAUGCCAUCCCCAGACACAGCUCUCAGCAAGUACAACUACAAAGUGGAUUCAGUAAGCAGCACUCUUUCCUGUAUAAACGGACCGCCCUGCCUCUGACAGAUGAGGAGAAGAGUAUCUUCAACUUCCAAAAGUACACACCUGAGACAAAGGCACGUAUAACAGACGUCCAGCCUUCAUGGAACAUCGUAGAAGCUAGAACCCACAAAAAUUUGAGCUUGUACACUAAAUAGGCUCAGAGGAAUAACACCAGCAUCUGGGCAAUAAUGUAGCAGUGAGCUCAUUAAGUGCUUUGGGUUAACCUUCAUAGAAAGUCAUCACACCUCUGAUGUUAUCUGGAUUCAAUGUUUAACAAAAUAAAGUAACUAAAGCAAGAAAUCUCUUAAUGUAUACAAAUAAUAUCAACAAAAGUCAG